GCAACAUAGGAGCUAUUAUUUGUGUCACCAACGGCAAAAUGUGGCGUUUACGUAAAAUUCAAGCGUCUAGCUGUUUUGGUGUUACAAAAAGCGUUUGUUAAAUCCAAACCAGCGUUUAUUAGGAUUAAUCGUUUGUGGUCUUAAACCUUGGUUAUGUUUAUAUAAUUAUUUAUUGUGUUAAAUUAAUACAUGUGUUUUGCGUUUUAGAUUUAAAUUUUCUCUAAUAGUGUUAAAUAUGAAAACAUACGUAUAAAUGUGUUUGCUAAAGAAAUCUAAUGUUAUACAAUUAAGGUGUGAUGAAAUUCACAAGGUUUUAUAUGUUAGAAACCUUUAUAAGUAACAGGAAGAAAACUAGCAAAAUAACUUAGAUAAUAAAAGAUAAAUAUGUUUCGAGCGAAUUACAUCUUAUUCACACUUUGGACUAUAGUUAUUCUUCAGUUGAAUUCAUUCGCUUUAGAAGUUUUUGGAGAUCCGAAAAUCUCGAAAACUGGGAUUAGAUACUUCCCUUAUAACUCCGAAAGAACCAAACGGUCUGCUUUUGGAAGUGUUCAUUUUUCUCUACCGGAAAGAGGGGGCCGGAAGUGUCACGAUUUCUGCGCAAUGCGCCCGGACUUAUGCAAAAAUGGCGGGACGUGUAUUACUGACCAGGUCACUUGCAUCGGGCGUUGCGCAUGCGCGCUGAAGUGGACGGGUCAGUGGUGUAGGGACCCAGUUUUGGAGACCAUGGAAUUUCCGGUAAUCCCAGAAGUGUUUGGAAAUGCUGUUCUGACUGACAUACGGAAUUCUACUAACGAUGUUAAUCAAGAAAUCAUAAAAGCGUCCUCGAAGACGAAAGACAUUGAAGCUUCGGUUUCGGUCCCUAUAAAAAGAUCGGAUGGGAUUUUAAACAACUUAGAGCACCGAAUUAUUGGCCAAAAACGGCUACCUACGACUGAAAUAAAUACUGUGUCGUCUAUAGACUCUCUUAAUGACCAUGAAAGGGAUAAAUAUCUCAGACAAACGUGCGAUUCGGAUUGCAAAGACGGUGAAUGUAUAAAAAUAAAUGACGAAUAUCAAUGUAAACUACACAUAGACCCUGCUAAGUCAGAUGUCCUUAAAGUCUGCGGACCAGGCUUUGAAUGCUACCAUGGCGUCUGCGAUAUGGAGGCGCUGAAGAAGAAUUCAUACGUGUGUAUUUGUGAACGAAACUACGUCGGUCAAUUUUGUAACGUGAAGUGUCCACUAGAUUGUGGAGAUUAUGGUCAUUGCGACGUGUUACUAGUGGAUAAUACGUUCAAGUGUUUCUGUCGCUGGAACUACACCGGACUGAACUGCUCGGAACCCGUGCCCUUAGAUCCAGUGCCCCCACCACCGGAAGAGGUUGUGUUCCAUUGGUACGUGGUGGGUGUGUCUGUCACCAUGGUAAUGGUGGUGUUGUCGGGAACUAUCCUGCUUGGUUACGUCAUGUGGAAGAGGAGGCUCGUAUUCAUGUUGAAGAUCGUACACUACUUUCAGCACUGCGAAGAUGACGACGGCAAGGAGUACGACGCAUUCGUCUCCUACAAGUCUUGCCCCCGGGACGAGGAUUUCGUGCUUAACCAACUGUACCCCAGACUGGAGGGCGACAUGAAGUUUAAACUCUGCAUCCACUUCAGGGAUUUCCUGCCAGGGGAAGCGAUUGCAAACAACAUUGUGAAAGCCAUUGAAAGCAGUAGACGAACAAUCAUCGUCCUGUCUCCAGAAUACGUCAAGUCCGAGUGGUGCCGAAUGGAAUACCAAAAAGCACAACAUGAAAUGCUGAAACUUAAACAUAAAAUAAUUCCAAUUUUACUGGAGGAUAUAAAAGAUGUUGACACUGUGGAUAAGAAUCUUAAAUCUCUUCUAAGCAGUGUGACAUACUUAGAGUGGCCAGGAAGUGAGAAUUCCAAGAGGGUGGACCGUUUUUGGAAAAAGCUCGAACUGUCACUGCCAAAGAAAUCUAAUGAACAGCAGACGGUAACUGGAAUCACUUCAGAAUCAUUACCUUCAUCACAAGUGUCGUCAAAUGAAACACUUUCAUCAGUUAUCACACCAGUAGACUCAGCUAAAGAGUCAGUUAUUUUGUCUGCAAGUUCAUUAAACAUGCCUGUUCAGAUAUUAACAGAGUCAUCUUCUAAUGGUAAAUUAAGUGAAAGUGACUCACCUAAAUACCUAAAACAAAAGAAGAAAGACUUUCGGCAUUUCGUUGGGAAGCUUGUUUCACAUAAAGUAUUUUCCCGACAGGACAGCAACAGUAGCCAGGCGGCACUCGUAGACACGGAGACGCUUGCAUCUCGCAGUUCGUGUGGAUCCGUGUCGGACGUAGUUACGGAAAGCAGCGAGCCCUCUUCCGCUGCAUCAUCUCCAGCAGCGACGAGGUCAUUGAGGGAGGCUAGUUUCCAUGGCUCAAGUGUGGUAGACGACAAUGAUAUAUGUGUAUCCUCGGAUAAUUCAAGUAUUUGCACAUCAAAUGAACGAAGCUGUAAGGAAAAUUCAGCUUUUCUGUGUGAAAAGGAUCAUUGUGGCAGCUCUGAGUGUUUGUUUUGUACCAAUCCUACUAACAGGAAAGCUAGCAUAAAAACAUGUGCAUUGAAAGGAGAAAUCGGAAAUGAGCGCCAUUCACAAGAAUAUUUGAACAAAGGUUUUCAAUGUGAUGGAAAUGAUACUGUUGUGUAUGAAACCGAAUGUGAAUACUGUUUGUGUGCUCAAGUUAGUGCAGACAAUCAUCGUGUGAAAAUAUCCGCUGUAGAUGGAACAGACCAAGUUCGAAUUCGACGACUUCCUAAUAACUUUCCGCCUUGUUUAUAUUGUGGUCACGUGAUUAAAAAAGGUCCAUUGAGGGCAAGUACGAAACAUUUAAAAGACACAGCUAAUGCAAUUAUGAAACGGGUUGGGUCUCUCCCAAGAAAUUUUAAAGAUAAAGGUGUGUUAGGAACAAAGGGGUUACAGGCCGGAGUCUUUGAGGGACAUACCACUGAUAUUACUCAUCAAAGAAAUGGAACUUCUGUCAUAGAUAUUUGUGAAAGCAUAUAAAGAUUUAAAGCUGCACUCUAACAGAUUUACCCUUUUUACAACUUUUUUUGUUUUUUGUUUUUGUUUUGGAAAGUGCAUUUUUUUUUUGUAAAUAUCUGCAAACCAAUGAAUGUGAACUUAAAUAUAAAAAUCUGCGAUUUAAUUUUUGUCAGCAGUCUUUUAUAACUAGUUUUCAUGGAUUUUCGCAAAAACUGGCUCGUUCCAAGGCACAAAAUAAAAUAAAAAGUUAUCAUAACGUUCAAUCUGUGAGAGUGCAGCUUUAAGCGCACUACGUCAUAAGGUUUAAAACGAAAUGCAUUUUAUGAAAAUAACGUGCUUUAUAAACUACUGAAAUAAUUGGACAUCAAACGUGAUAUCUAUGAGAAUAUAUCAAAGUAGGAUAUGGUGUCAUUUGGUUAAAAGUACAGAUAUAUGAACACUUAUACCUAUUCAUCAAAGGAAAUGCCACCAAUUUAUUGACGAUGUUUUAUAUGUACAUAAUUCAUAUAAUUUACUAUUUCUAGCAUGACUGUGUCUUAAACUUUAACGCUUAUUUUGUUUCACCUUUGAUUUGCAUGUUGAAUGUUGAACUUUAUUACCUGUAGGAGUGAUGAAUGGAUAAUAAACCCCAUUAAGCGUAACAUUUACACAACACAUCUACAUGGCAAAAACGUACUUCGACACUUGUUAAAUGUUAAAUGUAAAUUUUUGCUACCUUUUGUUCAAAAUGCCAACGUAAGUUUUUGCAUGUAAAAAUUAUGACAUGUUUAAGUCAUUUUGCAUGACUGUGUUUUAUAGGUUGCAUGUUCGGACAAUUUUUUUUUUUUAAUUUUGUGAAAAAAAAAUUGAUAAGAAAUUUCACAUUUGUAAAAAUGUGAUUUGGGGCACUAUUUUCCAGGCAAACGUGAUUUUAUCGCAGCAAAGGUCUACAGUUGUGAAAUAUUUAAUCAUAUUUUGCUCAUAUUUGUUAAAAAAAACUUGUGACUUAUAUUGACUCAUAGUCAAUACCAACUUAUUAAAAAGUACCACAAAUUGUUCAAGUGAAACGCAUUUUAUCAUGAAGUAUUUCAUUUAUGAUAGUUGAUAAAAUACAAUAAAAACAAAGA